UGAAUCCGGGCUACUGCGCAUCGGUAUUUGGAGUAUCCAAUUGUAUGUCGAGGAAGGGCUGUCACACGAGAGAGUCGUCCGCAAUAUUUUUCCGUUAUCAGGUCGCGCAAUAGAUAUGUCAUCGGGACCCUUCUCGUAGACGAGGAAGUAAAUCGAGGUUCUCCUCGUCAUUCUCGGUCUGAAAGCCGACAGUGUGGCACGAUUGCACGCAGCUGUGAAUUAAGUGGCGCGAAAGGAAUUAAAGUUUUCGAAAGGCUGUUAAAUUGUAACUGUAAGAAUUAUUGACGCGGGUCUUCGUAUUGUUAGUUUGUGGGAUAAUCGGUGUAUUGGAAAAUUCGAACGCCACUAUUAUCACAGUCGAGUCCCUGUUGUGAUUCUCGAAACGAUUCACUAUUCGAAAUAUAUACGGCCGUCGAACCGUAUUCAAAGUCCACAUCUGCAUUGCAGAAGUCAAAUUCAAUAUUCCGUUUUUUAUUGCGAACUAACUCGUUGUCGAGCAAACCGACCAUUUCUUUUAAUUAUGUCUUUAAAGUUGUAUUAUGACUUGAUCUCGCAACCUUCGAGAGCCAUGUACAUAAUCCUCAAGGUCUGCAAUUUAUCCUUUGAACGAAAUAUAAUAAAUUUGAGUAAUAUGGAUCAAUUUUCUCUGGAAUAUGAAAAAAUUUUUCCACUGAAGAAAGUACCUGCCAUAGACCACAAUGGCUUCAAACUCACUGAAAGCAUAGGAAUCGUACGAUACAUAACUAGAGAAUUCAAAGUGGAUGAUCACUGGUAUCCCUCUGAUUCGAAACGUCAGGCCAAAGUUGACGAAUAUCUGGAAUGGCAACAUCUUAAUACAAGAUUGUUUUGCAGUACAUACUUUUUAACGCAGUAUCUCAUCCCCAUUUUGAAAAGGAGGCCACCCGAGCCAGAAAAAGUGGCAAAAUCCAAAAAGCAAAUGAGCGAUUGUCUCGACGUUAUCGAAAAUAUAUGGCUAAAAGAUAAACCGUUUUUAACUGGAGAUACCAUCAGUGUAGCUGACAUAUUUGGUGCUUGUGAGAUUGAACAAUCACGCUUGGCUGGUUAUGAUCCGAAAAAAGGAAGACCACAUUUGGCUGCUUGGAUGGAAAGAGUCGCCAAGGAGACAAGUCCUUAUUAUCAAGAAGCUCACAAAUUUCUGAAUCAAAUAAUCGACCAAAAUAAAGAAAACGCGAGCAAACUUUAAUUCUCCCUUGUAAAUGGGAAUAUUUAUUUAUCACUUAUUUUGGUUGAAAUUAAAACAUUUAUAGUAGGGUUUUUGGUACUUUAACUGCUUUUUGGAGGAAUGUACUGGAUAAAUAUGCACAUACAUACAUGAUAUGUAUUCAGGAAUAAGUUUGCAGCCUGCGGAUGAACUGUGUACUCCGGAAAAUAGUAACUUUUACGCAGGUACUUUAUAAAUACAGUUUACGUCAAUUAUCAUCAUUUA